AAUAAUCUCCCUAUGGUCACAGUGGCUGCCAGGAUGCUUUAACAGGUAACUUAUUGGUAGUCUUUCCAUUCGACCAGGACCUAAACAAAAUUUAUAGGUUGGUUUAUCUUAACUCAGACUAAAACAUAAUGAAUGCACAAAAAUGUAAAAACAACUUAUCUCAAGGAAAACAAGUAUUAUAAAAAAUUUCAUUUCCUUAAAUAGUUUUCAUAUUUUAUUUAUAACAAAAAUUUUAGAUUAACAAAUUUUCAGACAGAUAAUAUAAGAAGAAAGCUUUUUCAUAAAAUUUGACUUACACACACAGUUUAAAGCAGUUGAGCAUGAUGAGUAGAAGGAAUAACACGAAUGUGCCUGACUUCAUCCUAAUGGGACUGACGGAUUCUGAAGAGAUCCAGCUGGCUCUCUUUAUCGUAUUUCUCCUGAUAUAUCUAAUUACUGUGCUGGGGAACGUGGGGAUGAUAUUGAUAAUCCGCCUGGACCUCCGGCUUCACACUCCCAUGUAUUUCUUCCUCACUCACCUGUCAUUUAUUGACCUCAGUUACUCAACUGUCAUCACACCUAAAACCUUAGCGAACUUACUGACUUCCAACUAUAUUUCCUUCAGGGGCUGCUUUACCCAGAUGUUCUUUUUUGUCUUCUUGGGAGCUGCAGAAUGUUUUCUUCUCUCCUCAAUGGCCUAUGAUCGCUAUGUAGCUAUCUGCUGUCCUCUACACUACCCAGUUAUUAUGUCCAAUAGGCUCUGCCACACUCUCGUCACUGGGCCCUAUAUGAUUGGCUUUAUCAACUCCUUUGUCAAUGUGUUUUGCAUGAGCAGACUGCAUUUCUGUGAAUCAAAUGUAGUUCAUCACUUUUUCUGUGACACGUCCCCAGUUUUAGCUUUGUCCUGCACGGACACAUACGACAUUGAAAUCAUGAUAUACAUUUUAGCUGGUUUCACCCUGAUGGCAUCCCUUAUCACAAUAUCUGCAUCCUAUGCGUUCAUUCUCUCUACUAUCCUGAAAAUUAAUUCCACUUCGGAAAAGCAGAAAGCUUUCUCUACUUGUGCCUCUCAUCUCUUGGGAGUCACCAUCUUUUAUGGAACUAUGAUUUUUACUUAUUUAAAACCAAGAAAGUCUUCUUCCUUGGGAAGAAAUCAAGUGGCUUCUGUGUUUUAUACUAUUGUGAUUCCCAUGCUGAAUCCACUCAUUUAUAGUCUUAGAAACAAAGAAGUGAAAAACGCUUUUAUUAGAGUCAUGCAGAGAAGAGAGGACUCCAGGUAAUUAAAAUAGCGGGAAUGCUGAACAUUUAACUCAUGUUUUCUUUCUUUCAUAUUCGGUAUUUUCUUGGUUUGUCUAGCAAAACAAUUGAAUCCUUUAUUAUUAUUUUUUUUCAUUUCUGUUGUGCUACCCUUUGCUUGACUAAACAUAAACGUUUCAAGGUGUAUGUUUUUAGAAAUUAAAAUCGUAAUUAGAAAUCAUAAUAUGUGU